AUGUCAAACUCAUACAUUCUUAUUCAAGGCACAACGGUACUCUCCAUGGAGCCACCAGAAGGGAAGCCCCUCUACAAUUACGACAUUGUGAUAGAAAAUGAUCGGAUAAAGGCCAUCGGCCGCGGUCUAUCUGUGCCGAGUGGAAGCAAUGUGUCCACCAUCGAUGGAAAGAAUUGUAUUAUUACUCCGGGGUUCGUCGACGGCCAUCAUCACAUGUGGCAGCACCUUCUACGCGGUAUCACGGCUGAUUGGUCUCUGUUUGGCUAUGCAUGUCACCUGAGGAGUGUUUAUGGGAGCUUGUACACACCACUUGAUGUCUACUUUGCCAAUUACGCUGCUGCGUUGAGUUUGCUCAACAACGGCGUAACGACCGUCUUGGAUCACUGCCACGUUAUAAACUCGCCUGCACACGCCGAUGCAGCGGUGAAGGGCUUGAAGGAUGCCGCUAUUCGAGGCACAUUCUGCUAUGGGUUCUACCAGAACCCAAAGGAUCCCGGGGAUCCCGCGAGUACUGCGACAGACACAUUUGACCAAGCCGCACGAGUCGAUGAUGCUCUCCGUGUACGUCAGGAAUACUUCCCGAACAAUGAUCCCGGCACCUCACUUCUCACUUUCGGUAUUGCAUUGAACGAUCCACCGACUAUAUCCCAGGAACAAAACAUUGAGGAAUUGGAUCUCGCGAGGAAGCUCCAAGCUAGGCUUACGACCGUACAUACUUCAGUAGUCCCUCACAAGACCCCCAAGCCUGAAGUUGUCCAAAACAUUGUUGAUGCAAAGCUGAUGGGGUCGGACCUCGUAUUCAGUCACGGAGGUGGCAUGACAGAGAACGAGCUGGCUGCGGUGCGGACUUCUGGUGCUGGCAUUGUUGGGACGCCGGAUACGGAGCUGCAAAUGGGCAUGGGAUAUCCUGUGGUAUGGAAAGCUGCUGAUAUGGGCUGUCGGGCGUGUCUUGGACUAGACAUCACUUCGAAUCAAGGUAAUGAUUUCCUGGCGCAGAUGAGGUUGGCUCUUCAGACGCAACGGGCUCGCGACUACGAUCAUCAUACAGUCCAGAGAGAUGUCCGCAGGAAGACAGUAGAUGCAUUACGCAUGGCAACGCUGGGAGGGGCAGUGGCUAUGGAUAUGGGGUCGUUUCUUGGUUCUAUCGUUCCUGGUAAAAAGGCUGACCUGGUGAUUUUCCGCUGUGACGACAUUGACACAGUGCCCGUUGUGGAUCCUGUCGCGACUGUGGUCUUCCAUGCAUCGCCAAAGAAUAUUGACACCGUUAUUGUCGACGGAAAGAUUGUCAAGCAGAAUGGCCGGCUUGUCGGUGUUGACUGGGAGGCCCUACAUGAUCAGAUGAUAUGUAGAUCCCGGCGACUGACGGAUGAAGCAGCCAAAGUCGACAUGGAAAAGGCGGAAUCGCUGUUCCACUCUAUUUUCGAGAAGGCCAUGGAGAAGUAA